AUGUCUUCUUCCGAGCUCUCCGAAUUGACCUCAGAUGUCUCGACAGAUGAUGAAGCAAAUAACGCGCCUCCUAACAAGGGUAAACUUGAUCACUACUUCACAAAUGCCUCCAAGACCACACAAGUUCCGCCCCCUCUCAAGAAGAAGCGACCACCAUCUCCACCGCAUGUGCCUACACUUGAAGAUAAUCCGGACAUUGCGCUAAUCCUUAUGAAGGCCCUAAUCAUCUGGGCACUUGAUUCUUCGGAAGCUAUAAAGGGUAUCAUAAAGGAAUCGCACAAACAGACACGGCAUGAUGACGAUCUUAACCAGCCAUUGUCGGUGCAGCCUUGGGGAAGAGACGGGAUUAAGCGUCGCUACUGGCUUAUUGAAGGACAAGAUGAUACGCAUUUCCGGCUAUACCGCGAGACAAAUCCCACCCGAAAGCAAAUAUCAUGGAGGAGCAUGGCAGGUACCAUAGAAGAGCUCAGAGAUGUCGCCAACAGCUUGGAGGAAGACACUACGCAGGCUUCGCGACGGUUACGUGAUCGUAUACGGGCUGCCAUUCCUCGCUUUGAGGCUGGCGAAGAAAAGCGCAGAAGACGCGACUAUCGCUUGCAACGAAGGCAGCAAUUCGUACGCCCCGAACCAGGCUUCUCGCUCUACGAAGGCCGUACGCGUGGGAAACGCAUAAAAUAUACUUACUCAGACGAAGAGGGCGCGGGCUCUGACAACUCGCGCAUAAGAUCAAAUCGACCCUCCGGAGUUUCCACUCCAGCCGAGUCGCGUCAACCCACAUAUACUGCAAGUGGACGGCAGGUUCGAUCAAGACAUGGUGGAGCAUACGGAGAAAAGCUUUUGAGCGGACAGAACGAGGAGCAAGAUUUAGAAGGAGGCUCAGGCAUGGACAUAGCUGAUGAUGAGGAUGACGAGCCUGUGGCAAGAGGGCGUCUCAACCGCCCUGUUCUAACGAACGGUACCAAACCACGAGGAAGACCAAGAAAUAUUGAUGAUUCUGGUACCUCUGAAGAAUCAGAUCAUGGCAGUGAGACGGCGAGUAGCAAUGAGUGGAAUGGAGGGAACGAUGAUGAUGAGGCUGAUGAGCAAGCUGAUGCUGAAGACGAUGACGAUCUGGAUUUAUCUGAGGAAGAAGUAGAUGAAGAUGCCCAAGGACCACAAGGAAGCCUUGUUGUUCGACUGCGAUAUGGCAAGGGAGCAUCCAAAUCCCCACAACUCCACAAUCAACAAGACGAAAAGCCAAAAGAUCUGGCUGUUACUGAGAACUCUACAAACUUGACCACGCCUAUACCUUUAGACGCAAAGGAGGCUGAUGUUCAAGACAAGCUGCCAACCGAUACGCCUUCCUCAAUCAAAAUACCAAUAAAUAGUGCAAACGACCCGAAUUACGGGGCCACCAGGACCACGCCUAUGAGCAUUCCCCCCGAAACCUCCGACUCUAUCAAAAACAAGUAUUUCCCCACUACCGCCAUCAUCUCCUCACGUGGAUCUCAAGCGGCUACUGCACCUGCACCUGCUCCUCCGGUAGCCAAUACCCAUGGUGUCGCCUUAGAGCAGCAGCCACCAGUAUCAAUACCAACCAAAGCGCCAAUGCCACCUGGCUCAGCACCGGGCGAUAGGCAGGCUACAAGUGAGGCACCUCAGCAAAGCGCUCCCAACCAUGUCAUAUAUCCAUAG